UAUGUAAAUUCGUGAAUUUUGGCAUUGAAAAUAAAUGACAGAUUACAUUGUCGAAUGGUUUUUGUACUAAUGUCAUAUUAACUUUAAAUUCCGCAUCGUCAUCAUCUUUUCCACCUAAAUUCACGUUUCAUUAGCAUGACCUGCCAGUCAUACCCUCCACCAACAAGAAAAUGUAUGAAACUAAUCUAUGCCAGACAAAUUUUUGAUUCCAAAGGUGUUCCAACAAUUGAAGUAGACCUUAUUACAGAUUUGGGUUUAUUCAGAGCUUCAAUUCCUUCUGCAAACAGCCAAGGUCCCUAUGAAAGUGUAGAAAUCAGAGACGGAAACAACAAAGACUAUUCUGGAAAAGGUGUCUGCAAGGUGGUUCAUAACAUCAACUCAAUAAUCGGUCCGGAGCUUCUAAAGCAAGAGCUUGAUGUUACGGAACAAGAGAAAGUUGACCAGUUCUUGAAAGACCUCGAUGGCACAGAGAACAAAUCAAAAUUUGGAGCAAAUGCCUUAUUGGGAGUUUCUCUAGCAGUAUGUAAGGCCGGAGCUGCCAAAAGGGGCCUUCCUUUGUAUAGGCAUCUAGCAGAUUUGGCGGGCAUAAAGACCGUUGUGCUUCCAGUUCCCGUCUUUAGUGUUAUGAUGGGGGGACGAGCAUCGAGCAAUAAACUGCCAUAUAAGGAAUACACUAUACUUCCCACAGGAGCUACAUCGUUCGCAGAAGCCAUGAAGAUGGGGACGGAAACCUAUCAUUCCCUAGCCAAAAUUCUCCAGCGUAAAUAUGGGACAAACGCAACAACAGUAGGUGACGCUGGAGGGUUUGCUACGGCUAAUAUUAAAAACCCCAAAGAAGCACUUCAGUUUAUAGUUAGGGCCAUCCAAGCUGCAGGGUACACUGGUAGGGUUCAAAUUGGUAUGGAUGCAGCUGCUUCGAAAUUUCUUGUUAGAGGUCAUUACGCUCUGGAUUUUAAGAACAAAAAAAAGAAUCCAAAGAACAGAAAGAAACCUGGAGACAUGCUUAAGAUCUACACAAACAUGGUAAAUACUUAUCACAUUGUAUCACUACAAGAUCCAUACGGCAAAGAAGAUAUGCGUUCUUGGGCAAACAUAAGCAACAGGCUGAAAAUCCAGAUUGUCGGAAACGAACUUACUGCUUCAAACCCACAGAGAAUAAUGACAGCCGUACAUGAAAAGGCUUGUAAUGCGUUCCUACUAAAUUUGAGUCAGAUUGGCACCGUAACCGAAGCAAUUAAAAUUCAUUUACUGGCACAAGAAAAUAACUUAGGCACCGUGAUCUGCCACUGCGAUGGAGAGACCGAAGACACGUUUGAAGCAGACUUCGCUGUGGGGCUGUCCAAUGGGCAAGUCAUUUUCGGAGCACCUUGUGCUGAACAUCUGAGCAGAUACAACCAAAUUCUCCGCAUCGAAGAAGAACUGGGAAAAGAGGUUCGGUACGCUGGCCAAGCUUUUAGGAGACCGUUAUAAAACGUGGGCUAUAAUAAACAUUAAAAAACUA